CAUGAGCAGGGUGCCACCGUCAUUGGUGGCCCCUCUGGAAACGACGGUGGCCAGAGCUUCAGCGCUCCUGUUACCGUCGACACCGACACUGAUGUCAACGAACACAACGAGGAUGAUCACUCUAUCCACCUGAAGCACAAGGAUGUCUACCCUCGUCCUCCCAUCCACUUCGGUGCUCACCCUCCUUUCCGCCGUGCGUACUCUCCUAGCCGCGAGGCUGGCGGUGGCACUGUCAUCGGUGGUCCCUCCGGUGAUGAUGAUGGAACCGAUUACUCGGACCCCACCAACGUCGAUGUGACCACUGGUGUCAACGAGCACCACGAGGACGACCACGCCAUCAAGGGUGACUUCACUGACGUCCACCGUCCUGCUCCUCCUCACCACUCAUGGGCGGACGACGAGGAGGGUCCUUACAGCUACGAGGAGGGUCCUUCCAGCUACGAGGAGGGUCCUUCCAGCUACGAGGCUACCCCCGCCCCUGUUGAGUCUCCCGUCACCGAGAGCUUCGGUGCUGGUGGUUCUCCUCCUGCCCACGCUGAGGUUCCCCAGGCCGCCACUGAGGCUGAAGCUCCUCCCCGCGAAGACCACCAGGAGUGUGCCGCCAAGGUGCACGAGGUUGUCCGCACCGUGACCAAGACCCAGUACCAGACCGUGGACGCCACCCCUGAGGUCCCCAAGCAGUACAAGUUGAAGGCCCAGACCAGCGCUGUCUCCAUGGCCGCUACCCCCCAGAUGUCUGCCCAAGUUGACCCCAAGGUCUUCUCCAACGCUGUCCCACUCUCGGGCUCCGCCUCGUCUGGCGUCCGCUCUUACGCUCCCUACUCCUACGCUUCCCAGCGUCUCAUGAGCCACGCUGCUUCAUACUCCACGGUCCCCGUGCACGUCCCCGUGGCCACCCCUGCCUCCUCUUCCUAUGCCAUGGCCACCCCCUCUGGCAGCAUGGCCAAGAUGAUGCCCACCGGUGUUGAUGCCGUGUCACAUGGAGCCAAGUCGUCCGCAGCUGCAUCUCCCUCCGAGCAUGCUACCAUGUUCGAGGGUGGUGCUGCCCGCCUCUCUGGCGGUCUUCUCUCCGCUGCCGCCGGUGUUAUGGGUGUGCUUGCCUUCAUCCUCUAG